AUUUUUAGCCUCAUCGGCAGUCAAUAUCGCGACAAACCUGUUUCGAAUACCUUGUCAACCGUUUGCGAAUUACAUAAUUUUGUCAAAAACCUUGUAUGGCAAUUGCUGGUUAUGGAUCGUGAUCGAACACGAUUGGUUUUAUGAAGUAUAAAAAUCUAGACACCGAAAGUCAAAUAUCAAACUUCAACUUUUAGACUUGAAUCAGAAAUCUUUUGGCACCUUUGGCAAGAUGUGCAUGUAAUUCAACACGUUGUUGAUCGAGGAUGGACGAAAUCAAAAUCUUGUUAAGUAAUGCCAUUGAUCUAAUGGAACAGAAUAACAGAGGCGUCCAGUUGGGUUGUUAUUCUGUCGCAUUAGUUGGCUUGAGUAUCGCCAUAAGGAGGGUGCGCCCCUUCAGUAGGUUUAGGAGACCUUCGGACAUCCCUAACCACUUCAUCCAAGAACGCAAAGAACUAACCGGGGUUGUGGAACGAAUUGAGCCCAGUGGGGCCCUUCUUAUGAUACGCCACAAACCCCUAAUCGCCUUACCAGGACUGCCAGAGGGACAACUCCCUGUCAAAAUUUCAGGAGUUAAUGUUUCAGGACUUGGCCUAAACUGGCUGCAGGCUAUUGUGGCAGGAAGCGAAGUCAGGUUUAUUCCAGUUGCGAAAGACCGAGACUUCGUUCAGUGCGAAGUUUUGUUGUCUCAGAUUCAAAACAACAAGCCACGAGUUGUUAAUGUUGGGGAAUCCCUUGUUAGGAUUGGAUUUGGCCAAGUGGUAGACGUCGACAAGCCCAUUUCGAGCGACCGCACUUUUCUGGCCUACUACCACCGACUCCAAGGCGCUGAGAAAUACGCAAAACGCAAAAAAAUGGGACUGAAAUAUUACAUAAACCCGACAAAGUCUGCUUUAGUCUUGGCAGCUAAGAGCUUGAAUAGUAUGGUUCUUAGCACAUACAGACACAUUGUUCACAUACCGAAAAUGCCAGCCUCAUAGCAAUCAAGGAUAUACUUAGCAGUCGAGAUAGUACUAACUAUUUUACCAUUCAUGGGCGUGUACAAAAUAAUAACUUACUUUUUCUAUAGAGACUUACACAAUUGACCGUGAGUGAAUAGUAGUACUUUUUCGAUAGUAGACCCCUUUCCUGUGUAUUUAUGCCAUAUUGUUUACUGUUAGUUGUUAAACUCUUGCAAUAAAAUUUAUUUUGUACUAAUGGA